AUGAUGCUACGGUGGAUUAAUGACUUCUUAUCCCGUGAAGAGACCUCGGCUGGCACUCAGCUGCCUCGUAUGCCGUCGCCGAAAGCAAUUGCCAUCGUCUGGGAGAAACAUGCAUAUAUACCUCUGGUAUUCUGGAUUCAGGGACAGGCCGAGUCUUGCGAGCAGCGGGAGUUGAAGAAAGAAACUGUGGCGAGGCAGUAG